ACGAGCCCCGAUUCACUACAAGCCUGAACUUCUAUGAUGCGUCUCUCCCAUACCUCAGCUGAGCGCACACACGGCGCAGUCUGCAGCAGCAGCGUUAGGAUGUAAUCAAUCCCACAUGUUUCAUCUGUGCGACUCGGGGAUUUUCACUUGACUAUUUUUCUACUUUUUUUUUUUUUUUUUUUGCUUUCAUUUUUGCCCUCAUCGUUGUGUAACGGAUCCAACUCAUCAGACAUGACGGGGACUCCGUAUCUGCCGCGCACUGCGCUCCGAGCAGCGAGGGGAGAGCGAAGUUCAUAAAAAGGGAUUAUUACGUUAAAUCUUUUUUUGGGAUCUGGGUGCCUGAAACCUUCAGUGCCUCUGGAUUUUUUUCGCUUUGGAUUUUGUGGGGAUUUAACGCUUCUCGCCGGAAUGGAAAGCCGCGAUUUCGCCCCGCCGCACCACCUCCUGACGGAACGGAGCGCUCUGGUGCACAGCGCCGCGUCUCGGAUGGCGACGGGCGGCCACGGCUCCGUGCAGCACCCGGCGCACUUCCAGCCCGGGAAGUACUACUCAUCCCACCUACCCAUGGGUCCGCACUCAGGUGCUUCCUUCAUGGGCUCCUUUCUGGCCAGGAGUCUGGGGACGACACCCUCCCAUCCUCCUCACCCGUCUGGACCUGCUGCCUCCCCUUCCUCCCCUUCCUACAGGGCUGGAAACCAUUCAAGCACUUCUUCUAUUUGGUUCCCCCAUUCACACGAAGGGUACCCAAGCUAUUCAGGAAGUCUUGCUUCACCCUUUCUCUCCAUGAGUGCCCUGGAUCACCAUAGCAGCAGUCUCUAUGGCCAGCCUCGCUUCUAUGAAACCCAAAAAGAUCACUUCUACCUGAGAGGCCUUCCUCCCCAGUCUCCUCUGCUCUCCACCAAUCACAGCCUUACUCCACUGUCCAGGACAGGCCUAGGCCACCCACUUGGCCCUUGUAGCCGUGAGAUGGACAGUGGGGGAGGAGGUGUGAAGAGCACUAAAGAUGUGGGCGAAAAGGGGGCUUUGUUGAAAGAGAGGGAGCGAUCAAACAGCAAAGAGCGACACCAGGACAGCAAAGAAAAGCAGCAGCUUCACAACCACCAACAUUCUCAUCAGAUGAACUCUGCCACCACUCCAUCUGGCCUCCAACAAGCUUACUCCCACCCACACCAUGCUCUCCUUCCACAUCUUGCCCUCCAGGGUCGGGAACAAGACCACAGAAACUCUUUAGAACGGCACGAGUAUAAAGACAGUGAUUUGGGUAGUCAAGGAGCAAAACCUAUGAGUGCCUGUAAACUGUCCAGUGGGACGGGGUUAGAUGCUUCCUGUGAAGCAAAAGGUGGGACACUAACCAGUUGCAGUGGUGGUGGGGCAGGUAGACUUUCAUCUGGAAUCAGCAGGCAAGGCUCAAAAGAGGGACCCAUAAAUGGGGAAAUGAGAAUCAGUGAAUCCUCAACUUCCUCAUCUGAAUGUAUGCGUCGAGGAACUGUUGCAGCAACAGCGUUCUUGGCAUCCCCGACCCCUCACUCUGUAGCUUCCUAUUCCAUGCCUCCACCUCCUGCACCACCACCACCGCCUCAUAACUUGCACAUAGGCUCCACAGUACCUGGAGGUUGGCUACACCCUACAAAUCACCACCCACAUCCUGAGUUUUACUGUCCGCCACCCCCACCUCUAACACUUACACCAUCAAAAGAUUCUACAUCCAGCCCUGGACCAUCCAGCAGGGAAGCAAAGGUCAACUGCCCGACUUAUGUGCCCUCAGUGGGAUCACAAGGGGACAUGUCCAUCCCUGACUGCCGUGGAACAGGAGGAGGGGCAAGAAAAGAUGAUAAAACUGUAGAGGGAUCACAUGACAGUCCAUCUUAUUAUCCCAGUCGCCUUGGUAGCUGCCAGAAGAAAGACAAAUCCCAGCCACACCAACAUCAGAUGGGAUAUGGCAAAGCUGACAAACCUCCUGACUGGAGCCAACAGAUGCACCAUUUCAACAAACCUAGCUCCAAUGCGAGCUCUCAACCUGAACUGCAGUCCUGCACUGUAGAAACAAAUUCUUCUUUUAAAGAUGCUGAAGUUGCUAAUGAGACUCAUCCUCUCUUACAAGAUAAUCAGCGGACCACCAAGACUGGUCCUGAUACUGGCGCUUCUUCCUUAAGGGACUGCUCUCGCUCAAGUCCAGAUGGGAAGGUGGGGUCUGGGCUUGGAACUCAGCGGGAAGGACAAAAGGUUGCAAGGAUACGGCACCAGCAGCACAACAGCCAGACCACAGGCACAGAGGAAAGAGUGAAAGAUGGAGGUCAUGCAGCAUCUUCAUGGGGAGUUCGAGGGGGGCAGCAAGAGGACCAGAGGAGGAGUAGCCAUCUUGCAUCAGUUAGUAAACAGCCUCCACCCCUAUCCCAUUCCUCAUCACACGCAGCUGAUGGUGAUGGCGGUGCCAUGAAGAACCUUAUGAACUACAGCUCCCAGCAACCUAUGUUGUUGCCACAGCGAAGCCCCUUCGGAGGUCUUGGCUGCCUUAACAAGAGUGGGGAGAGAACAGAGAGGGGCGACAGAGGAGGAGCUAAAAGCAACACCUCCCUGCAAGACCCUUCCAAACAGUCUCUCCCUUCUCGUCGGGGCUCCACUAACGAGGGAGAAAAGACUGACCGAGGUGCAAAGGAAGCCGGAGAAACCGGAGAGGGGGAGAUCCGACAGCCUCCAGUGGGCAUUGCUGUCGCUGUAGCCAGGCCCCCCCAUCGUUCUCCAGACAUCACUCCUGGAAACAGCAGACAGGGCCGGGUGCUGCCCAGUCUGAAAGGGGUAUCGCGCCCUGUGUAUCCUCUUGGUCGGGAGUUGGAGGAGAGGAAGAGGAUGACAGAGGACCAGAUUGGUCUUCAUCACCUAGAUAGAGACAGAGAACUGGUCAUCAGGGAGAACAAGGACUGUGUGGAGUUCGCUCGGAUCCACCCUUCUAGUAGCUGCCAUGGUGACCUGACCCCUCACCUCCUUGUCCCUGGUGGAGCGAGUCAAUUAGGGGACCCUGUUGCACAUGCUCACCCAGCUCACCACCACUGGAUGCAGAGGACAGGAAGUCCCUCCCUCUGGAUGAGCCCUUCAUACAGUCUGAGCCAUGUAGGGAUGAGCGCUGGUUUUCCACCAGGUCUUGCCAGUCCUUUGCAGCCUGUCUUGGGGUCACUCAGCCAAGAUCCUAACUCCCCCCUUGUGGUUCUUCCUACAGAACCAGGGCCUCAUCAUCCUCUCGAUGUUCUGGAACAGUCAGGUCUAUGGCCUCCGGUGUAUGGGGCCAGAGGCCCUCCUCCUCACCUGCAGCCCCACCCAGUCUACUCCCGCACCUCGUUCCUACAGCAGCAGGAGCUGUAUGCCCUGCAGCAUCAGCACCACCAGCAGCAGCAGCAGCAGCAGCAGCAGCAGCAGCAGCAGCAGCAGCAGCAGCAACGAGCUAUGGAACGCAUGCAACGACUUCCCUUAGGCCAAAGAAAACAGGAAGGGCGAACAAUCACGAUAGACGACUCCCCCAAUGGCUCUCCGACUUCCAGAACGGCAUCUUCUUCCUCUUCUUCUACAUCCUCUGCCUCUUCCCAUGCAGCAAAACCCUUCUCUCACACCCCUCCUCCACCCAAGACCUCCACACCAUCUCCGGGACUGUGUCCAAGCAGCCGCCAGUCACCCUGCUAUCACUCGCCAUCCACACGUUUGACGCACCCCCCGAAUCCCCUGACGCCAACUCCGAGCCCAGCGGCAGCAGCUCCACGAUCUCCAGCCCUUAGCCCCGCCCCUUCACACCUCUCCAAAGGGCUAGAAAGAGGGAGCGACAGAGGGGAAGGGCAACCACCCCAGGACUACCCCCAGUCCUUGGAACCAGACUUGCCGCCUGAAUAUAGCUUCUCUCCGAUUUCCAUGGGUUACAAGGCCAGGCCUUCGCUUCCUGAAGCGCGAGGGGCAGAGCAACCUUUGGUGGAAGAACAGCCCGCAGGAUCUAAAACUAAGUCUCUCUCAAAACAAUGCCACAUCCAGCCUCUCACUGAGGAGGGAACAAGGGAAGAAGAGAAGGUAGUAGACUAUAAAGUGGUGGAGUCCCAGACGGAGACAAAAGUGUGCUCCAUCUCCGAACCUCAGAGCACCGUUUCUGGAUCGCAGCCGUGCCCUUUCCAGACCCCAGCACCCGAACCAGUCUGCUCAGCAGGCAAAUCUAGCGGCAUUGCGGAGCCCCAGAUUUCCAAAGAGCAAGGGGAUGAUUGGGAGAACAGCAGAGGGAACAAAGUUGAGGGAGUUGAGAAAACCGAGCCUGGACCAGCUGACUGUGCUGUUUCUUUGCCUGGAGAGCCUUCAAGGGAGGAACCGGAGCCGGAGCAGGAUCAGUACGACGAUGAAGAGCAUAUAGAGGUGGUUGAGGAUAAGAAAGAAGAAGAAGAUGGAAGGGAGACAAGUUCAAAUGAGGAAUUGGUAGAAUUAGCUUUUCCUUCUCCCUCUGCUGACCUACUCCCCCCUCCCGCUACGACCACAGCGGCUCAGCUUGAUGGGGCUUACAUGUGGAGCUUGGAGCUCUUGAUUGCGGCGGCUCUGUGUGCCACUAGAGAUGCCUUGCAUCCCCCAGCACCGGCUGCUCAGGUCUCAUGUCCUUCUUCUCACCAUGGUAUGGAAAUACUGGGGGAGCUGGCGGAGCUGGAGAUCAAACGAAGGAGCAGGGAGAGAAAAGACGAAGAUGAAGAAGGGGAGGAAAUGCUGACCUUUGACCUCCACAGUCUGGCGGCGCUGGCAGCGGCCCGGGCCUUGGAGAUGGGCCGCGGGACCACGGACCCGGAGUCUGACCAGCAGUGUCCAAUCAGGAAAAGGCUGAACCUGCGCAAGAAGUGCAGCUGGACGCCUCGGCACGAGCCGGUGUGCCCAGUGAAGGGCUCCAUGGAGGCCAUGGGAGGGGAGGAGCUGGCCAUGCGCGUCCAGCUGGCUGAGCUACAGCGCCGCUACAAAGAGAAACAGAGAGAGCUGGCCAAACUACAGAGGAAACACGACCACCAGAAAGACGAGACGUCUCGUAGCCCUGCUCGCCGUGGGCCAGGCCGUCCUCGCAAGCGCAAGUCCACCCCCGGCCCAGCUGCUGCGGAGAGCUCCAAGAGACUCAGGACUGGGUUGAAUAUGCUAGAACAAAAGAACAGGAACGUCUUGUCCAGUCACAACUUCAACAGCCUGAGUGUUGCUCAGAUGAAAGCUCGCUGUAAGCACAGAGGUCGGCCCAGCUCUCUGAGCUCCAGCUUGGCCAGGCGGGUGACCCAGAUGAAGGAGAAAACCGGCCCACAACGCGAUGCACCAACAGCUGGCGGGUUGCACAGCAGCGAGGAAGACCCUUCCAAAAAUCACUGCAGACAGGGGGGCAAAGAUCGUCAGGACCGGAUGCCAGGUGAGACCAUGAAAAAGAAGAGGGGUCGCAAGCCCAAAGCGGCGAUGAGCAUCAACGCUACCCGAGCUCACCACAGGGACAGAGCCGAUGUAAGGGAGGACAGGAGCUGCAGCGAGAGUUCGGAGCAUGAGGAGGAGGCUGGCAGUGACGACAGCGAAGACGAAACGGGCGACUUCAAGAUUACCACGUCCUCCAAAGAUGCUCCAGGAAACUCCACUGGAACUUUUCCCUUUCCCGCUCAAUCCUCCAAGCUCCAGUCAAACCUAAAAGCCCGGAGUAAAAGAGCAGGACCUCCCGGCCUAGGAAGCGUUCCCUGUAUUGACCAGAGGAGUGCACCCAGGAGGCCAAAUUUCAGCAACUUGGACCGGGGACAUCCAGAUCACAUGGGGGCUAGCAAAGCCCCCCUCACCAGCUGGGGUGUGCCGUCACUGGGCUGCAGCUUUGGAGACAGCCACAGCAACCACAGAGCUCUGACUGAGGCAAAGAGGCUCAACAAAAACAAUGAGAGGAAGAUGUCUGCAGGACAGGACUUAAAAGCAAAGGCGAAGGGUCAUGGAGUGAGCAGGCUCCUGCAGAGCUUCGCUGACGAUGAAGGCUUCCGUCUGGAUGAGGAGAGCAGCUUCUCGGAGGGGGAAGAGGAGGAUGAUGAUGAGGAGGACAGGUUAAAGGAAAAGCCGCUGUCCCACCUCCCCCCCAACAUGCCUUCCAGAAUACCAGUUCUGCCAAACAGCGUGUUGAGUAAAGAGAUGCUGGUAGAUGGCCUGAAGAUCCUAAUCUCCAAGGAGGAUGAGCUGCUGUACGCUGCGUCUGUCCAAACCCUGGACCUGCCUGACAUAUUCAGUGUCGUCAUUGAAGGGGAAAGAGGAAAUCGGCCCAGGAUCUACUCGCUGGAACAGCUACUCCAAGAAGCUGUCUUAGAUGUGCGACCCCAGACUGAGGCUAUCCUAACGGAGGGAACGAGGGUUUGUGCUUACUGGAGCGAGCGCUCGCGCUGCCUUUACCCCGGCUACGUCCACCGUGAAGGUCCAGGUGAUGAGGAGAAGGAGAAGGACGGGAGUGUGAUGGUGGAGUUUGACGACGGAGACAGAGGACGGAUUUCCCUCGUGAACAUCAGACUUCUGCCUCCUGGAUACCAAAUUCGCUGUGCGGAACCCUCUCCUGCUCUCCUGAUCUCUCCGGGCCAUCGGGGUCGGCGAAGCUCCACAAUAGAGAAGAAAGACACCCCUACAGAGAAACUAGCCAGUGAGGAGGCAGGAGGGAAGCUCCAGGAAAAAAGACCAGUUGGCAGGCCGAAGAAAGCAUUCUCAGUACCAAAGACAGCCAACGCGUCAACUUCAGCAACCGACUCUGUUAUAAAGGGAAACACUUCGUUGUUGAACUGGUCCAUACCCAGAAAGAGACCGCCAGUUGACUUCUUCCUCUUCAAUGGGACAUCCCGUAAGACCCAGAAGAAGAUUAGAGAGCGAGAAUUAGGCUUGUUUCAUCGGCCAGCUCUGCAUUCUCUUGCACCACCAACCCCUAUUAAAAGCAUUUUUGGCACUGCGUUCGAGGUGGACUCAUUCAGUAGCAUUGCUAAUGGCUACUCAACCUUCGGAAAUGGUGGAACGUCUGUAGCUGGGAGACCAGUUACCGCGAUGGGUUCCGUGGCUCUCCGGGACUCGCCUUGUUCCUCGUCGGUCGCUGUGGCAGCGGCAGCUGGGAGCCGCAAGGCUUUGAGUGAUCUUGACAGAAAACACUUCUUAGUCAAGCUUGACCAUGAAGGAGUGACUUCCCCAAAAACGAAAAAUGGCAAAGCUUUGCUCCGACUUGGAGGGGUUGGAGGGAGAGGAGUAAAAGGACAGGCUUCUGCAGGGGCUCCGCUACGAUAUAUACAACCUUCUCUUCUUGCAAAAAAUGACAAACAGGUUGGAGAGGAAAGAGAAAGUGCCAGACCUCAAUCCGAGACAGCUUCAAAGGGUGUUCCACCACUGAGAAAAGAUGUUCUCUCUGCGGGUCUUGGAGUGAAAGGUGGGGACUACAGUGUGGACUAUCCUAGUGACUGCCCUAGCUCCUACUCCGAGCUGGACGAGGAUGACGAGGAUGAUGGUCAAGAAGCGCCAAGAAGACGAGCAGCCAUCUCAUCCCAUCGCGGUGGUCGUUUUCUCACCCGUCCGUCCAUCUGCUUCUCCUCAUCUUCCUCCUCCUCUUCUUCGUCGGGUUCCAUUUCCUCCUCCUCUCUCUGUUCCUCUGACAACGACUCCUCCUACUCAUCUGAUGAGGAGUCCUCCUCCGUGCUGCUGCGCCGGGCGCUUCUCCAGCAGGACAAACAGAAAAACAGGCAGAAUGUGAACUCUAGCCUCCGGAGCCCUGACCCCACGAACUCCAACCCUGCUUCAGCACCAGCUAAUGGCUACGUCACCAAGGCUGCUGUGGCUGUCGGAGGAUCAAAGGCGAGAGGUGACAGAGUGGAAGACAGGAAGGAGUACAUCUCUAAAGGAGGCAUAAUGGUCAACAACAGAAUGACUAAGAUGCAGCUGAAGAGGAAAGAAAGUGUUUCUAACGAACACCAUCAUAGCAAAAGCAGUCCAGUUAACCAGCAGCUCAAACCCGCCUCCAAGGAUUUAGCAGCAACUAAAAAGCAGAGGAUGUCUUCGCCUGAACCUCUUCCUAAAAUGGCUUCCCUGCUGCCUGGACGCCAGCUCUGGAAAUGGUCCGGCAAUCCUACACAGAGAAGAGGUCUUAAGGGUAAAGCCCGAAAGCUUUUCUACAAGGCCAUCAUGCGGGGCAAGGAGAUGGUGCGUGUCGGCGACUGCGCCGUGUUCCUGUCACCUGGUCGGCCCCAGCUGCCCUACGUGGGUAGAGUGGAGAGCCUGUGGGAGUCCUGGAGCUCCAGCAUGGUGGUCAGGGUCAAAUGGUUCUACCACCCAGAGGAAACUCGCCUGGGGAAGCGACACCGCGAUGGCAAGAACGCGUUGUACCAGUCGAGCCAUGAGGACGAGAACGACGUGCAAACCAUCUCCCAUCGCUGCCAGGUGGUCAGCAAGGCAGAGUACGACCAGCUGAUGUGUGAACGCAAGGCCAGCAGCCCCUCUAAUGACCUGUUCUACCUGGCCGGAACCUACGAGCCCACCACGGGCCAGCUGGUCAGCGCAGAUGGCAUGGUCAUCCUGUCCUAGCACUGUCAGCACUGGGAGCAGGGAUCCAAAUGAAUGAUUGAUGGAGUUCUUCGUGACAGAGGCAAAACGACGUUGGUUUUCACGGAUUUAACUGCUUUUGUUGGAGAAAGACUUAAUAAAGGAGAGGAAUGGGCUGGUCCAUGCCAGAUUUUUCAGAGUUUUAACCCUUCUCUGUGGCUGUCUCAUUGGAUGUGAAAUGAUUAUGGCAACCAAAGCAGAGAAACCAAGGACAUGAGCACUUUGGAUUGUAACGUCUCGGAAGUAUUACAAUGGGAGGGCUUUCUGAAACAAAGACAGAAAGCAGGAGAGACUCGAUGCUAAGGAGAGAUAUGCUGUAAACCACACUGGUUUGGAUGGUAAUGGUCUUGUUCUUGUAGUCUGACUAGGACGAUGCUAAUAAAAGACCCCCCGAUAGGACCAAUAAACACUGUAGUUCGGACUUAAAUGCAUAUAUGUGUCUGCAGAGUGACUGUGAUGGCAUUUAAUGAACAUUUAAUGCACAUUAUCAGUGCUUCAACACGCGCUCGUGUUUGUAGAAUAUGUGUGACGUUAUGCACGCCAAGCAAAGACAUGAUGUCAUGAUCCAAAGUGAGUAUGUCUCUGAUACUCUAAUAAUCAAUUCAGUGCUCAACUUUAGUAUUUUUUUUUUAAAGCUGUUGCGAGUGCAACACAGAAAAAAAGUUUUUCUCCUUUUAAGCCAUACACAUCGAUACCUCUCUAUCUCUGUCUCUGUCGUUCCCGCCUGAUGGGUGCAAAGACUCUUGUGCAGGUAGUAGGAUUGUUUAUCUGAGCUGUGCCUGGGCGAAUGUGUGUGCGCUUUGUACAGCAUUCUAUGUAGAAUAACACACUGUACAUAGUAUAUAAAUAUAAAUAUAUAUAUAUAUAUAUAUAUAUAAAUAUAUGUUCACUUGGUUUCUUUUGCAGAGAUUAUUUUAUUUUAGAGUUUUUUACGGAUGACGAGUGUUUUUUGUGGGGGGUUGCAGAGGUAAAAGGUGCACUCAUGUUUCCUUCUGUAUAAAUGCACUGAAUAGGACUAGAGGUUUGAGUUUGGGGUCAAGCUUUGCAACCCAUGUGACGACCUAGUGGCUGAAACUCUUCCUCUAGGCAAAAGGUAAAUAUGUAGAAAAGGUCUUUGGGAUAUGUUUUUUUUUUUAAGAAAAUCUAAAAAUGCUCUUUUUUAUAUAAAUGUUUGGCUAUUAUUGUAUUUUUUGUGCUUCUUUUAAUCUGUUGGAUUUGGACUGUGCGUUUCCUUUUAUUUCUGUUCAGCAAAUACUGGAAAACACAUUUCUGCCUGGAUCCUGAAAACGAAACAAGAAAAUCCAGUUCUUAUCUGUUUUAGCCUGUGUUCCUAUGGCAAAUGUAGAUAUUUAACUGGCAGCAAAAAGAAACAUACCAAAGCACCCAUGACUUUAUGAUACCCCACAUCAGAUAAAAAAAAAAGUAUAAAAGACAUUCAAUCAAUUCUGAAACCGGGACCCCUGCAAUCUCAGAGGGAUUUCCUCUCUCGUCCUAUUCGCAUUCAUCCAACGUUCACGGAGACAACGUCCGUGCACCGCCCAGCUGAUGCACUUCAGGUCUCUAUGGCAACCAGUAUGGCAUCACGUGACUGUGAAGGACAAUCAGAGCCAAUCAACGGGAUGAUGUUGAGAGACGAAAAUACAAGAUAAAGGAUCAAAUCACAAAUGUAUGCUUCUUGUCACUUUUAUUCAUGCUUUGCCAAAAAUGUCUACAUUUUUAUAUUUUGAUGUUGUUGGUUUCUUUUUGAAUCAUCAUCUUCUUGUUUAUGCAAGCCUGGAUGACUGUUUGUUGUAUAGGAUGUACAGGAGGAGGGAAAAUGAAUGCCUUUUUUUCUCUUUUUAGGACUGACUGACUUAACAGCAAAAAUGCUGUUACACUGCGAAGCAAAAGCUUUAAAUGGAACCUAAUGUGAAACUCAGUUUUGAAAUAUUGCUUUUAUGGGUCUUUAAUGGAUUUUUUUAUAGCUGUAUUUUCUUUAAGAAACACUGGAUUGAAUUCUGAUCAUAACAUUUUAGAAGCAACGGGGCAACAUCAUUGUGUGUUUUUUAGACCCACUGGAAUCUGCUUUGUAUGGUUAAAAUAGCCUACUAAAAUAUAUCAUGUCAUUUCAGUCAUUCUUUGGAAAUAUGACUUAAAUAUUUCCUUGUGUACAAAAAGAAAAAAAAUAUUUAUCUUAAUUUUAUUGCCUUUUGUGUUUCAUUUAAAAAAAAAAGCAUUCUUAAGAAAUAAAGCAUCUAAAUUGCUUUCUUUUCA